CCGAUCGUGUGGGGUGGGGCGUGUGUAUUUGGCGCACCCCAUUCGUGGGGUCUUAGUGCGUCGGUUCAGACACAAACCCCCGGUGGAGGUCGUCGCCAGUGUUUUGCGGUUUGCGUGCGUGAUACCGGCCGCGUUCAGGAUGAACCCGGUGAACCAGGUCUGGAUGCUGAGAUAAAACGAAGAUCGAAAUGGAUGUCCUCGUGAAGCGCUCAUACCGCGGUGGAACAUGGCUGAUGUUGGCGGUUCUACUGCUAGCGUACUGUGUCUCUCCAGGACUCCCGGAGGGCAUCAAGCUCCCGGACCAAACUUCCAGAGUAAAUGACGAUGGUCCAGCGCUUCCGGUGCAGCAGCAGCAACCCGCUGUCGGUGAGGAACGAAGACAGGGCAAGAAUCUAUUCGACUUCAUCGGGCUUGGAACGGGAAGCAAUGUGGACCCGUAUCUGGCUCGUACAAACGCCCAGUGUUUGAACGGGGAGUUGGCCGAAUGCUUCAAGUCCCAGGCGCUCAGCACAUUCGGCGAGUUCUUCGAUAAGGAUCAGUACCAACUUACCAGUGAUGCUCGCAUCGUUCGGCUUCCGGAAACACAGCUACGCUCCCUAGCUCAGGAAGGCUUCGAGUAUGUAGGCGAGUCCCGGCACUCCGACUCCGAGUGGGAACUGCUCUACAAGUACGCACUACGCCGGCUGGAACGAUUCGUCAAAUCCACAGCGCUGGAGUUCCAAAUCCCGGACCAGCUCACCGAGGAGGGCCGCUACUCGGCACGCUUUAUCGACGAAAUUUCGGACGAAAUCGAUGUGAUCGAGGAUAAGAAGGCACCACUGUUUACGCGCCAUCGGCUAAAGAAAAUCUUCAUCCCACUGCUGUUGAUACUGAAGGUGUUCAAGCUGAAGCUGCUACUCUUCCUGCCGCUCGUGCUUGGCCUGGCAAGCUUUAAGAAACUGCUCGGCUUUCUGGCCAUCGUUGUGCCGGGUGUGAUUGGGUAUUUGAAGCUAUUCAAACCUCACCAGAGCUGCUGUACGAACGAUAUCUUUUCCGGCGGCUAUCAACCACAGUACUCACCGCAAGGGCUCGGUUCGAUUGGGUUCAGUCCGUACAAGGAGUUUGGUGGUGGUGGGCAACACUAUUCCCGGCCGGUGGAGAGUGGAUAUGCUUCACCGUACGGUAACUAUUACCGGGACUCGGGACGGGCCGACGCUCAGGGAGGCAAUGUAAAGUUUGGAGAUGAUCUCGCCUACCAAGGCUACUCGGAGUAUCGCAGCAGCGGGAAGGACGUGAAGGCGGAGAAUUAGAGGGAGCAAUGUUGUUCAUAUUGUGUAUCAUGCAUCGAAUCGUGUUCAUCCCCGCAUGUGUAGGCCAUGCUAGUGUAAAUAUUUAUGACAUGUUGUACAAUAAAUUAAACAAUCGUUCCGCGAUGGUGAACUGCGUGGAUGUAUUUGCUAUUUAAAUCAGUAA